GUUUGUUAGCGAAAAACGACUGGCGUUGAUCGUUGUUGAAUGGCCGUCGGAGUAACAACAACCAUCGUCGACGUGCGUGUGAUUCAAGUGCAAGUAUAAUCAAGGGACGGACUUGAGGGACUUGAGGGACAUCUACAACUAGUCAACUUGCCUAAGACUUCAAUGACCACAAUCAGCGCAAGCGUAUAUUUUCUACGAGCAGUUUUACACCGAUAGACACGCCGCCGCUGUAGCGCCGCCAAGAUGGUGACCCAGCCGCCGCCGCAGCAGUUUUGCGUGCGCUGGAACAGCUACCAGUCGAAUCUGCAGAAUGCCUUCCCGAAGCUGCUCACCUCCGAGCAUUUUGUCGAUGUGACGCUCGCCUGCGAGAACGAGAUGCUCAAGUGCCACAAAGUCGUUCUCUCCGCGUGCUCCACCUACUUCGAGAAGCUGCUGCUGCAGAAUCCCUGCCAGCAUCCGAUAAUAUUCAUGAAGGACAUGAAAUUCCACGAAAUGCAGUCACUGGUGGAUUUUAUGUACAAGGGCGAGGUGAAUGUCACACAGGACGAUCUACCCUCGCUGUUGAAGAGCGCCGAGGCGCUGCAAAUACGCGGCCUGUGCGGUUCUGACCAACUGCUUAGCCAACAGACGCUGAAUAAUUUAAAGGGGCAGCGAAAGCGACCAACGGCCCGCAGGUAGCCACUGCGGAGAAAUCCGCCAAACCGGCGGCGGCUGCUCGCCGCGCAGCUACAACGCUUGCAGCAGAAGCUGCAGCUGCAAUCAAACGCGACGCCAGCUGAUAAGAAAGCGGCGACGGUGGUCAAGGACGUGGUUAAACACGUCGUCAAACUGGACGCCUCCACCACACCUAAGAAUAAGGAUAAGACUGACGGCGGCGAGACCAACACUGCGCCGUCCUCCUCCGACUGCGACUCCAACGACGCGCUCGUCAUCAAAGAGGAGGACAUGGACCUCAAAUCCGAGUACGAGGACUCGUACUACGACGCGGACGGUGACCUAAUGGACACGGAGUUUACCGAAGAGGAGGGCACGGUUAAUACGGGCGGCGGCACGCCCGGCAGCGGUGAUUACAAAUCGCCGCAUUUCGCUAUCGCCAAUGUAUCAUGUCAGUAUGAUAGCAGCACGCCGGAGAGUAUGCUCGGCUCGACAAACAGACGCGUGCGGCGUUCUGAUGAGGAGUUGCGGCGCGCUGCCGAGUGUAUCACGCGCGGGCAGACUUUCCAGACGGUGAGCGACCAGUUCAACAUACCCAUCUCGACGAUACGCUUCUAUAUGGCGCGUAAGGGCAUCCUGCCGCGUCGUAAACGCGGGCGCGCAUGCAGCGGCAUCGGUAUGUCGCCCGGUAUGGGCGGUGGUGGUGGUAACGGCGGUGGAUCACCCGGAGUCGGCGGCGGCUUGUCGCCUGGCGUUGGCGGCGGCAGUUUCGGUGGUGCGCCUGGUAAUACCAGCCCUAUCGGCCCGCCCUACCACAUCGUGCACUAUAAGCUGCCGCAGCUGGGCGUCUCCAAGCCCAUCUAACCGCGCGCGCGUUCGUCCACUUGAUCUCCAAGCCGCGCACGCAAAAUACCAAAUCUAAUACCUAGAGAGAAGACAGAUAGUAUUUUUGUAGAGUAUUUGUAGGCAUAUAGGAUCAUUCUCCUCGUACCUAUCUCCCCCCUCGCCUCCCCCCAGCCCCACAAUCCGUCGACAGCCCUCUCGAUCGCGACCAGUAGUUAAGUAAUACGUGUCAUUGCGGAAUCACGCCACACUCGAUUAUUUAUUAUCACACUUCAUCAUACAAGACGCAAUUUAGGUAGUAGGUGAGAACCGAGACUUUGUUCUUCUCUUGAUUUCUAGGUAGAACACAUGACAAUCGUGCCAGUUUGUUUUUAAGUUGCGCCCACCUCUCUCCGCCCCCCCACGCGCCCUGUUCUUCGUUGAUUUUAUUGUAAAUUAUUUGAUCUCAUUUUUUAUUUUUUAUUUUAUUUGAGUGUGUAUGGUGUGCGCUGUGUGUGUUGUGUGUGUGUGUGUAUGCGUGCGUACUUUUUUGUUUUAACCCACCGUGGCGGAACUACGCGUUCUUCCAGGACGAUGAUGACGAUUCGACUAUCAACUCGACGAUGCGUAUAGGAUCAAAGACUGCUAAUUAAUCACACGUAACUUAUCCGGAAGCGGAGAGUCGACUCUGUUGCUGCGGACAAACUGAAAUCAAAAAAAAACGCGACGCGGACGCGAGCUAGCAUGAACCAAACCAAACCAACUAACAAACAAAACCACCACGGCGGCGGCGACGCAGGCAAAACUAAUAGUUUAAGAUUUAGGAACCGCACAUAUACCUCAUAUUUAGCGAUUGCAAACAAGAAAAAUAAAAUAAAAUGAAGCGCCCGGCCACCACACCGGAUACAAUAACAUACAUAGAUAAUAAUAAUCAUAGAUUGCACCUAUAUACCAGAGAAAACAGAGUAAAUGCGAGCUGUUUUUUGCGUUUUUGAAUCUAUUUUUUCUACUGAUGACGAAACCACAGCUAGAGCCGCAGAUAUUAAAUUAGUGUAUACGUUCCAUGUUCGAACUCAGAGACACCACAGCUGAAGAUGGUUAAAUAGUAGCGUAGCGAGAGAGAGAAAUGAAAUAAAUAUACUUAUUUAGCGACAGAAUGAACAAAAAAGAAACCGAUAUUGUAAAUUGCAAACAAUCGUAUGUUAUACAUAGAUAUUAUAUAUUUAGCUAAAAACGUAAGCGAGAAUCAAGUCGAUGUCCAGACAACUCCAACAACAACAAUAUUGUACUUAUACACGCAGAGAGUCGUCUCUCGUAGCAACAAAACGCUUCAUACACACACACACACACAUACACAGAAUACACACCACGACACGACCUACACACACAUAUGAAAGCGAAACGUGAAAAAGAUUUGUGUAAAAGUGCCAUUCUACAUAUUAUGAUACUUAUACUAUUAUAAAAUAUUUUUCUAGGAGUAAUAUGUAAAGAGAUACACUAGGAGGCGACUUCUAGACAAAAGGUAAUCAAUACAAUACAAGAGAAAUGACAAAAAAAUUAAUUAAACAAAAGUUAAUAGAGCGCUUAUUAUGAUUACGUCUCGUGACUUAGAUAUUGUAUACAGUAUUCGGUCGUAAAAUAUACACAAACUAUUAUAUAAUUUAUUGAGUGAUGUGCUUGCGCUGUCGCGCUCUGUAGACAACAUGUCUCUGUGUAAAUUUGUAUUGGGGAUGUUAUUGUGUGGUGUUGCAAGUUAAAUAUUUUCAGCCGGACGGAUUGUUUUUAAGUUGGUUUCAGUCGUGGAGGUGAUGCAUUCUCGCAGUUUGUUGCAGCGACGAUAGAAUGAAUUCAUUGGAUUAUUUCCUUCAAAUUCUCUUUGUGAUGACUGCUUUGUUUGUGUAUGUGUUCGGGCUGCCCUUCUGGGAUUGGUGGAGCUACGAAUAUGAAUCAUCAUCGGAGUACUGCGAGGACUCGUACGAUUCUUACGAGCCUUCGGGACCCACUGGUUAUGGUCCGUACUGCUGAGACACAAUUGACAUCUUUAAGCAUUAACUCGCGUUAAUUCAUUGCGAUGCAGAAAUGGGCUGCAUUUGAUUUACGCAUUUUAUAGUGUUUAUUUAUCGAAUAAUGCGAGCGCACUUGUAAAACGCUGCUUUAAAUUUGAAUUUUACGUCUCA